AUGACUCCGGAGAACUUCACAUGGGCUAAGGUCGUACCCGCUGAAUUCAUCCUGCUGGGCAUCACGGAUCGUUGGGACCUGCGCAUUACCCUCUUCCUGAUCUUCCUUCCUGUCUACCUGGUGAGCCUGCUAGGCAACGUGGGCAUGGUGCUGCUGAUUAGCCUAGACGCCCGACUCCACACACCUAUGUACUUCUUCCUGGCCAACCUCUCCUUGCUGGAUGCCUGCUAUUCCUCAGCCAUCGGCCCCAAGAUGUUAGUGGACCUGCUGCUGCCCCGUGCCACCAUCCCUUACCUAGCCUGUGCCCUCCAGAUGUUUGUCUUUGCAGGGCUGGCGGAUGCCGAGUGUUGCCUGCUGGCGGCCAUGGCCUAUGACCGCUACGUGGCCAUCGGGAAUCCUCUUCUCUACACCGCAGCCAUGUCACCGAGACUGUGCCUCGCUCUGCUGGGAGCAUCGGGCCUGGGCGGAGCGGUGAGCGGCCUGGUCCACACCGCCUUCACCUUCCGCCUGAGCUUCUGCCGCUCGAGGGAGGUCAACAGCUUCUUCUGCGACAUCCCUCCGCUGCUGGCCAUCUCAUGCGACGACACCGGUCUCAAUGAGCUCCUGCUCCUUGCCGUCUGUGGUUUCAUCCAGACGGCCACGCUGUUGGCUAUCGCUGUGUCCUACGGCUUCAUUGCCGGGGCCGUGAUCCGCGUGCGCUCGGCCGAGGGCCGCCGAAGAGCAGCCUCGACCUGCGGCUCCCACCUCGCCGCCGUGGCUGUGCUCUACGGGACCCUCAUCUUCAUGUACCUGCGUCCCAGCACCCGUUACGCCCUGGACACUGACAAGAUGGCCUCUGUGUUCUACACCCUGGUCAUCCCGGCGCUCAACCCCCUCAUCUACAGCCUCCGCAACAAGGAGGUGACGGGGGCCUUCCGGAGGACCUGGACCCGACUCUGUGGCCCGGGGCAGGACCACUCGUGA